AUCUGCUGCUACUCCUAAUGCAUAUAUAUGAUCUAAAACUUACAAAAACACAUAUAUAAAACAUAUAAUGAUCAUAUUGAGUUUGAAAUUGCAGAGUGCUAAAUGUAUUAUAAGUGUGCUACUACUUGUAACAAUAAGCUGUACGGAAUGUUUCGAGAUCUCUAAAGGCAUCAACGGAUUAGAAAAAGUGGUACUCCGCCAAACUCAUGGCAGCAGUGCAGAGGUAUAUCUGUAUGGGGCUCACGUGACAUCGUGGAAAAAUGGGCAAGGAGACGAGUUGCUUUUUGUCAGCCGUGAGGCAAUCUUUCAGCCUCCAAAACCAAUACGCGGGGGUAUUCCUCUGUGCUUUCCUCAAUUUUCAAAUUUUGGCCCUCUUCAAUCACAUGGAUUUGCUAGAAACAGAUUAUGGACUAUCGAGAAACCUGCUUUUCCACAUAAUGUCACCCAUAGCGAUUCUGUUGAUCUGUUACUUAAGCCCACUGAAGAGGAUAUGAAGUUAUGGCCUAAUAGUUUUGAGUAUCGACUGAGGGUUACUCUGGGAGGCAGAGGAAACUUAAUGAUGACAUCUCGGAUCAAAAAUACCAACACUGAUGGAAAUCCGUUUAACUUCACAUUUGCAUAUCACAACUAUUUUUCUGUUUCAAAUAUAAGUGAAGUUAAAGUGGAAGGAUUGCAGAAACUCGAUUAUCUUGACAACUUACAGAACAGGGAGAGAUUUACAGACCAAGGUGAUGCAAUAACCAUUCAGUCCGAGUUUGACAAGAUCUAUCUCAGCACGCCAAAAAAGGUUGAAAUUCUGGAUCAUGGAAAGAAACAAACACUUACCAUAUUCAAAGAUGGACUUCCUGAUUCUGUGGUGUGGAAUCCAUGGGAAAAGAAGGCAAAGACUAUGGCAGAUAUGGGGGAUGAGGAGUACAGAAACAUGGUUGCCGUGGAGUCAGCAGCAAUUGAAAAGCCCAUUACAUUGAAGGCUAAUGAAGAAUGGAAAGUAACGCAAGAACUUUCGGCUGGUCCUUCAAGCAAAUCUAGUUGAGCAACACUUGCUGAUCAACAUUAUGUAUGUGUACUUAUUACAGAAUCCAGUGAUAUCAUGUCACCUCAGAGCUUUGGUGCUACCAAUAUCUAACUGUUUAAAACCAUCAUUUUUGUUCAGAAUAUAUCUAUUAUCAUAUCACUUGAAUGGUUGUUGUAAAAUGUAAAUUACUCUUAUUUGAAGAGAAUUGAAAUUACAAAGAUAUUGUCCUAUGGUAA